AUGGCGACGUCCAGUCAGUCCGGUAGCGCCAAAAAAGUGCCCAUGACCCCGUCGGAGUUUUUCGCCAAAAUUUACGGAGGAGCCGAUCGGCCGCCGGCGGAUGCAUCCGCCGGUGGCGCUCCGACCAGCACGGCGAAUAACCCAGCCGGAGCCCAGGCGGAUCGCCCGUCCGUUUCCGUACUUCAGCAGCAGCAUCAGCCCAGGGCUAAUUCCGCCUGGCACCUCUACCCGCCGUGGAACGCGGAUCAGUUAUUCUGGGCAUCCGGAGUCAACCAAGGAUCUUUUUUCAAUCCGCUUUCACUACCUCCAGCUCUCACCGCACUAAUGGCCAGGAGGAAGCGGAAAGGUCUAAGCCAGCGGCGGCAGAGGACGACGUUCACACAGGAGCAGACCCUACGGCUGGAAGUCGAAUUCCAGUCGGCCGAAUACGUUUCGCGGACGAGACGCUCCGAGCUGGCGUCGGCGCUGGGAUUGAGCGAAACUCAAAUCAAAAUUUGGUUCCAGAAUCGUCGGGCCAAAGACAAGCGCAUCGAGAAGGCCCACAUCGACCACCAGUACAGGUGCGGCGGAUUGGCCGUUCAACCUACCAGCGGAUCGCCGGCAUCGCAGCGCGGCCAGCACGUCUGCGGCCUGUGCGCUUGCAAUUCGAACGUGUUCCAGCAGCAGCCGAAAAUGGACGCGGAGCUCUUGGAGCCGUCCAACGAAAGUGAAACGGACGGCGAGGAAAUUUAAAAAAAAAGAAAAGAAAACAAUUCAGCGGUUCAUUCCACAAUCAUUUUGUUCCACAUUUGACAAUUAAAUUAAAUUUCAUUUUUUCGCUAUAUAAUUAUCCUGCCAAAAUUGCCAUUCCUAUUUGACCCUCCCAGUCAACCCCCUCCUUUGUAAAUAGCAAUCUGCAUAAAUCAGCAAUCAAAUAACACCAGUCUGGGUCUUUAUAACAAAACGAAUAAAUAAUCAGAGAAA